AUCAUGGAUACAUUUCUAGAGCAGAGCCUGAUGGUCGCUGGGACACUUUUCCUUAUUUUUGGCUUCCUAAAUUCAAAUGCUCAACAUUUAAAUAUGCCAACAGUAACUUUUUCACAACAGAUUGUAGCUUGGAAUGAUUCAUGUGUUCGAAUAGACUGUAAAAUCAAAUAUACUGAAACUUUAAAAACGUACGUUUGGUUCCAAAAUCCAAUGUUUAAUGAAACAAUUAAAGAAUUUCAAGGAAAUAUAGUUUAUAACAGUAGUAUGGAAAACGCUGUAAAUUCACCUUUCCAAGAUCGGGUGCAGUAUGUUGGAAAAGAAUCCGACGACUGCUCAAUCCUUAUCAAACAGCUUCACCGUGAAGAUUCUGGGAUUUACCAGUUAAGAAUGUGGACGAACAACAAAAAAUGGAUGUCAACAAAUAAGUUGAAUCUUACAGUUUCUGAUUCUGGUCCAACUUUCAAAAUAGAACCACAGGUAUCAAAAACAAGGGAAUUCCAAAAUGUCCAAUUGACGUGUUCUGUAAACCAUUACUGCCCGGAAAAUCAUAUGAAUUUGUCUUGGACUGGGCACACGACAAGCAAAACUCAAACAUUCACUGCAGGUGACUUGGGGAUGAAAAACAUUCUGACAUUUAAAGCAUCUUGGACAGAUCAUAACAAAACCGUAACAUGCCUUCUCGAAAGACCUGCUAAGGAAGUAGAGAAUCGAAGUAUACAGUUGAAUAUUGAAUAUGCCCCAAAAGGUGUUCAGAUAUCACCUAACAAUUCUAAGAUCACAAUUAAGAGGGGAGACAAACUAAUACUGAACUGUAUGGUAGAAAGCAGCAAUCCAUCUGUACACGCCUUCAAAUGGUAUAACAUGAACACACAAAAAGCAAACAAACAGUCUUAUCAGGUUGUGGACCCAGGAAAGUAUAAAUGUGAGGCCGAAAACACAAUUGGGAAAAAAGAGUCAAAUACGGUAGAAGUCCAAGUGCAAUAUCCUCCAGAAUUAGUCGAAAUUAAAAUUCUAACUGGAAUCAUAAAAGAAGAUGAAAAUGUUAUCUUAGAAUGCUCAGCUAAAGCUGACCCUCCUAUAACUAAACACAAAUGGUACAGGAACCGAAUAUUGGUUUCCAAUCAAAUAAAGACAUAUCAAUUCAAUCCUAUAAACGAGUAUGAUUCAGCAUCAUAUGUAUGUGAAGUUACCAAUGCACUAGGAUCCAGAAACUCAUCAUCUAAAGAGUUGGAUGUCCAGUAUCCUCCCAAGUACCCAGAAGUGGUACUUGAUCCUGACGGAAGAUCCUUCAUUGAAGGAAAGGAAGUUACGUUUACCUGUAAGGUUAAUAGAAGUAAUCCAUAUAUAAAAACGAUCACAUGGUACCGGAACGGCAACGUGAUCUCUAUAUCGUCACCUGUUAGACUAACACCAAAAUAUUCUGGAAAAUAUAAAUGUGGAGCUAGGAAUGAAGUAGGCCAUACCUUCUCACAAGAAAUACCCAUUACCGUCCGAUAUCCUCCUGAGGAAGUCAAAGUUGAAAUCUCUAAUAAAGGACAAAUAACAGAAGGACAAAAGGUAUCGCUGACAUGUACAGCAAGUCAGUGUGAACCCAAAGUCAACGGCUUCCAGUGGUACAAGGAUGGAGCUCACUACGGCAAAAUUAACAAUGUCAUCACUUUCGAAAACAUCAAAUGGACAGAUAGUGGUGAUUAUUUCUGUGAAGCCAAACAUGACAUAAAAAAUAUCAGAUCAGUACCUAUAUACAUUAACGUUCUUUAUGCCCCCUGUAAUCUAAGCCUUUCCGUUAAUCCCUCUGCACUGGCCACCGAAAACUCAUUAGUUGAGCUGAAAUGUAACAUCAAAGCCAAUCCAAUGCCAAACAAUUACCAAUGGCAUAAAAAUGAUGUUCCAAUAAGUAAUGAGUACUACAAAACAUUGCGGCUGGUGAAUAUUAAAUUGGAAGAUGAAGGAAAGUAUCACUGCACCGCAACAAAUAAUGUUGGGACUGGGAAAUCAGACACUGUGAUUAUAGACGUAACAUACAGCAUCUACACCAUAGCCAAAUACUCUUCAGGAGCGGCUGGAUUAUUUUUGCUACUCAUCGUUCUUAUUGUCUUGAUCAUCCGGUUUACAAUUUGGAAUAAAUGCAAAAGGCAGACUUCAGAUGAUAUAAGUGACUCUUCAUUCUUUGUCCUUAAAAAGUCACAUAAUGAAACACCCGAAGGUGGAGUUAGACAGUGUCCAUCCAUAGACAUCUCUGAAGACCAGAUCAACUAUGCCAGCAUUCAGUUUGCUUCCUCUGAUGAGGGAGAUUACCAAGUGCCCAGGAAGAAUGCUAACUCACAGGAUAUCAAUGCAAUUUACAGCUUAGUGAAGAAACCCCGCUGUUCUACAGAGUUAAAUGAAUAUGAGAAUGUCAAAUCAUCCAACAAUCCCACCAACAGCAAAGAGGAACUUCACUAUUCCACGAUCACCAACCUGCCCAAAGGAGGUUCAGUCCAUCAACCAGACCCAGGGGUGGAAUACGCAAUGCUCAAACAAUGAAGUCAAACUGUGUUCUAUGAGUAGCACAACCAGCAAAUAUAUGUGGAAAGUCUCAAGUGAUAAUCACCAUUACGAGUACAGAUUUACUAUUUUUUUAAACUAUUUUGGGAAUCCUGUAAUCCAGAAAUUAUCCCGUAACUCUCCAGCAACUGUAUUUGAGGAUAAGGGCUCACCAAACAGUUAGACUCUCUGUGAUAGCCUGUGAUGUUCUAUUUGUCAUUUUAUAACUUUACAAUUAUGAAUUCAUGACGGGUAUCACUUGUAGCUAAGUGUGCCCUUUUUGGGACAUGUCAUCAGAAUAGCUGAUUUGUGAAGGUGACAGGUUAUAAUGAACGUGUUUAGAGAAGCCAAAAUCAGUUCAAAUAACUACUAGGUUGUAAUGGAAUAAAGGACUAUCUGAAUUGGAACUAAUGGGUAAAAACGAUUUUGCUCAAAACGUUCUCUUUUCUUAGAACCCUGUAGAUUCUAUUCUGAUGAGUUGCGUUUAUUUUUAAUGUACAUUAACUAUCUAGGUAGCACUGGACUAUGAUAACAAGAUGGGAGCAGAUUUCGCAUUGUGUUUGUUUUGUAGAGCUCCAUAUUUUUAGAACUCGCUAGCGCGGAACAGGAGAGACAAUAAGUGUACCUAACCUAUAUCCUCUUUUACUUCACAUAUGUAUAAUGUCCUAUCUGCAUUUUGCUUAUCUUUAUCAUUACAUUCAUAUGAGCAGAAGAAGUCGUGUAAGGCAGUAUAACAUUGGCUGAUCAUUUUGGGAGUAAAGUUCUAAUCAUGGAAAAAGUACCCAAGGAAAACAAGAGGAAAGUUUCACUGAACUCUGAUCCACUACUAGUCUUUGUAAAUAACAUAUUUUGGGUUCUAUAUACAAAGCUCGGACUAUUGGCUAAUCCUUGACGCAGUACUGCCAGCCUGACUUUUGACGCAUUGACGCAUUGACGCAUUGACGCUGUGCUCACCGCUCUGAAUUCAGGUGUUUUUGUAGUUAUAGGAUCACUAUAGGGUCAGGAACACAAACAUGUAUUCCUGACCCUAUAGUGUUAACACCACCAUCUAGCCCCCCUGGGCCCAUCAUGCCUCCAUAAAUAUAGCAAAAUCUUACUGUAUUCAAACCAGAAGCUGUAGAGCUGCAUGCGGU